GCCAGCAUUUUGACCUUUAUAACCAAAGUUGUUAUCAAAUUUGUACCCCUGUCUUGUUAUAAAAUUUAUAUAUCCUCUUCAAAUACUUGUGAAUAUCAGCACGGACAGUAAAAACUAUAGAUCUGAAGUACAGCGGUUAAUAAAACAUACUAUCCGACGGCGGAAUGUUCAAUAAUCAGUUGUGGCAGCGAGUCAAUACCAGACGCUUACAUUUCGUUCAGUAUACUGACAUAUCGAUCUCGUGCAGUCUAUGACAAGCUGCAGUGUGUGGAUGUAGUGUUACAUUUUGAUUAUUUUCGUAUAUAUAUAUCGUUUUUUAAAGAUUUUUGUAAGGAUACUUUUCGUGGAUUUUUAUUUCUGUUGAAGAAAAAAUGUCUUCGCAAGAAACCAGUCCGACAUCUCCAACGCAAUCAGACAAAAGCCCACAGAAUACAAUUAGGGUGAUAAAGACUAACGAAAAAGAGCAGACGGUAGUUGAGGUCAAGGUCGCUGGAGAAGACGGGGCAAAGGUCACAGUAUUUGGCGGGGAAGGACCCACAGUGAACGGAAUUACGAAUAAAUCGGACGAUAAACAACAAGAUGACAAUAAAAUUCCUGAUACAAAAGACGAAAAGGAGAAUAAAACGCAAGAAACAGACGCAGACGACAACGAUGAUGACGACUAUAUACAACCAAUGACCAAGCAAGAAAUUGACGAAAUUGUAGCUAGGUUUGAAAAGAAGUUUGAAAAGAAAGAGUUAGAUAGAUUUUUAGAGUUCUUCUGGUCUGUUGAUAAAUAUGGUUUCGGAUUUUUCACCUUCCCCCAGUUUGUGUACCGGAUGCGGAUGAUGCGUUCUUUUAAAUCACAGCGGGAAUUAGCGUCCCUGUUCGCUGAUUUGGACCAUGACAUGGACCAGGUGGUUUCACUAGAAGAGUUCCUUGAUGAAAUGUCGAGACCAAAGCCUAAACCUAGGACUGAGGAGUACUAUAAGGAAAUGUUUGCACAGUGUGACAAAAAUAACGACGGUUAUAUUUGUUAUGAAGAUAUUGCCACUUGUCUGCAAGAGAAAAACGUGCCAUAUCUAGAAGUUGAAAUCAUAUAUUUUCUGGAGAAAAAUAAAGCUGGUCUUGAUGAGAAGCUAGAUUAUUCAGAAUUUAAAAGGGCGUUAAAACGCAAUUAAAAUCUUUGAUUAUAUAUAAAAAUGUAUUUUAAAUAUUGAAAUUCUGUAUUACUUUUUUUCACAUGGAAAGUGUACAUAUACAUAUAUACGUAUAAGAGAAUCAUUUCUAAUUCGAAAGACUCGUUUGAUUUUAAAUAAGUACAUUUGGAUGCAAAAAAUUGAAAUUGACAAUCACUAGGUACAAAAGUAAAAUUCAUUGAAAGCGACACACCAUAAUUAAAAUACCUCGAGCUUAUAAAGGGACAUUUCACGAGCGAACACUUUUUUUACUUACGUGAUAAACAUGUGAUAUUUGUUACUUUGGAAAAAAAUAUCAUGCAAUUAAUUGACGUAUAGUCGUAAAAAUGCAAAAGGAAUAAGAUGUUUUGGUUGAUGAAAACAUAACUAGUUCUAAUUAAAAUAAUACGUCUUGGUAA